AUGGCAGCUCACAUAACCUCGCCCAACGAGCCCUUCCCACGGCCGGACCACAUCGCACAGGCGACGACCUCGCACCGGCAAGGCGCCUUCGUGAUCUCGACGCGGAAGCUGCCCAUCUCCAAGGCAGGGCCCAUCGAGGCCAUGGAGCGCGACCUGGGCAUCCCCGUGCCCGAAAUGAUCUUCGGCGACAACCUCGUGUCCGUGCGCCACGCGCCCUCCGGCUGGGCCGUCGAGUUCAACGCCCGCGACGCUCUCGACGCCGUCGACAAGACCGACCGCCACAUGCUCCAGGUCGCCUACGCCAAGGACUGGUCCGCGAGCCGCGAGCAGACUAGCGCGGGGAUUAAAGAUGUGGUUAAGCCGUAUGAUUGGAGCUAUAGCACUACGUACCGCGGCACCGUCAUCCCGCCGUCGUCUCCGCCUCGAGCUCAUCCUCCUCCCCCGUCACCACUACCACCACCACAAGCAGUGGCUCCGGCCACUUCCAGCAGCGAGGGUAACACGAGCGAGCGCUCCAAUCCAAGCGACACGGAAACGGAAACGGAAACGGAACGAGGGGCGCGAAGUAGCAAGUUCGAGUUCGCGCCGACGGACAAGCCGAUCCCGAUCGAGCUGCUCAAGCGGCGGGACCCGAUCCUGUUCUUCGACGAGGUGAUGCUGUACGAGAGCGAGCUGGACGACAACGGCAUCAGCGUGCUGAGCGUCAAGGUCCGCGUGCACGAGCGCCGCAUGCUGCUGCUCGCGCGCCUCUUCAUGCGCCUCGACAACGUCGUCGUGCGCAUCCGCGACACCCGCGUCUACGUCGACUUCGCCGCCGAGGAGGUCACGCGGGAGUAUACGGCUCGGGAGCUAGGGUUUGAGGAUGUUAAGACGAAACUGCGCAUGACGGGACUGGUCCCCGAUGCCGUCACAAUAGCCCUGCGCGACGCUAAUAAGAUUGCCGACUUGCUUCCUACGGUGGAACAGACUUUGGAACGUGUGUCGCUGAAAUCAUAG